AGGGGAGGUAAUAUUGGAUAAUAGAAGUUGUAAAAGAUUUAUCUGCAUGUGAUUUAUAGCAGGUCUUCAUUAAGUCUUGUUAAGAGCAAGCAGAGUUGAAAAUCUUCCGUCAGUGUAUAGUUUCUUUGCUGAUCUUCUUACUACAAGUUUAAUCAACGUCAUUUGUUCACCCUGUUUCCGUGAAUUCCAGCUCUAUUACUUGUUCAUAUUGAAUAGGGAAAAAGUACUUUUUACUGGGUGUUAUUUCCUCAUUAUUUUUCGUCUAUUACAAAUUUAUAUUGGCUGCUACCAAAAAAAUAAAUUAAGCAAAAUAUUAAUCAUGGCUAACACUUUGGAACAAUUGAGACAGUAUACAACUGUUGUUGCCGAUACUGGAGAUUUCGAAUCGAUGAAGGAGUAUAAACCAACAGAUGCAACAACUAACCCUUCAUUGAUUUUGGCCGCAGCCAAGUUACCUCAGUAUUCAAGUAUAAUUGAUAAAGCUAUCGAGUAUGGUAAAAGUAAUGGUUCAGAUGUGACCGCAGCAAUGAAUUACCUUUGUGUUGCGUUUGGUAUGGAAAUUCUUAAAAUUAUUCCAGGUAGAGUAUCAACUGAGGUCGACGCCAGGCUCAGUUACGAUAAAGAAGGUUCCAUCAAGAAAGCUCAUGAAUUGAUCAAGCUGUAUGAAGCUAAUGGAAUCAGCCGUGAUAGGAUAUUGAUAAAACUGGCCACUACUUGGGAAGGAGUUGAGGCUGCUCGAGAAUUGGAGAAAGAAGGAAUUCAUUGCAACAUGACUUUGUUGUUCAACUUUGCUCAAGCAGUGGCUUGUGCUGAAGCUGGUGUCACCCUGAUUUCACCUUUUGUUGGUCGAAUUUAUGAUUGGUGGGUCGCCAAGACAGGCAAAAAGGUUUAUGAAGAUCCAUUCGAAGAUCCCGGAGUCAAAAGUGUUACCCGAAUUUACAACUAUUAUAAGAAACAUGGAUAUAAAACAGUUGUUAUGGGAGCUUCCUUCAGAAACGUCAGUGAAAUCAAGUGUCUAGCUGGAUGUGAUUUGUUGACAAUCUCACCAUCAUUAUUAGCUGAACUAUCUAAUGAAAAGGAUGUUCCAUUGGAAAGAGUUUUGAGCCCUGAAAAGGCUAAGCAAUUACCAGACGACAAUAGUGAAUCUAAUUAUGAUGAAAAAUCUUUCCAUGCUGCUCUUAUGGCCGAUGAAAAGCUGAAAGAAGGAAUUGAAAAGUUUUCAGCCGAUGUCAUCAAGCUUGAGAACGACAUUAAAGAACGACUUGCUAAAGCUUAAUUCAAACAAUAUUCAAAUUAAUUGAUCAACCGAGAAUAUUUUUAACGAUAAUACUUUCUGUUUAACUGUUUAACACUGUGUAGGUAUAACAACCAGGAAUUCCCAACUUGAUCCCACAGAUGACAUUUAUUUUUUCAAUGUUAUCAAGAUUACUUGAAUAUUUCAAAAGAAAUUGAUUUACAAUUGUUUUUUAAUCAAUUAUGUAGCGGUAAAAUGGUUUUUACUUAUUAACUUAACAAUAAAAUUAAAUUUAAUAA